GGAGCCGGGAAGAGGGAGCAGAAGUGAAAUUCUUUCUCGCGGUGGACAACUCCUGGGAUUUCCUAAUCUGCCCAGCUUCCUCUUCUUGGAAGGGAACACCCACCGGUGCGUGGGGCCCAGGCGUCACCUGCAGGGUGAGGAAGCUCUAUUUCAUCACAAGGACUGUCCUCUCUCGCUCCUCCAGUCUCGCCUGCGGCGGAUCAGACGGUGGGCAUGUUGGAAUCGCACACCUCGUGUGGACACACUCCAGGCUCCGGCUGCUGUCCCUUGGGGUUCACGACGCCCCCAUGCCCCGAGCCCCGCUUAGCGACAGCCUCUGUCGCCUCUCGGCCUACCUGGAAGAGCUGGAGGCCGUGGAGCUGAAGAAGUUCAAGAUGUACCUGGGCGCGUUGCCGGAGGCUGAGGGGGGCAGGAUCCCCUGGGGGAAGCUGGAGCCAGCGGGGCCCCUGGACACCGCACAGCUGCUGGUGGCUCACUGCGGGCCGGCCGCGGCCUGGCCACUGGCGCUGGGCCUCUUCCAGCGCAUCCACCGGCGGGACCUGUGGGAGAGAGGACAGAGAGAGGACCCGGUGAGGGAUACUCCACCUGAUGGCUCAUCCUCACUGGAGAGCCAGUCAGUAUGUUGUCUGGAAGUCUUUCCUGGAACUCCAAGGAAAGAUCCCCGGGAAACCUACAAGGACUACGUCCGCAGGAAGUUUCGGCUGAUGCAAGACCGCAAUGCGCGCCUGGGGGAAUGCGUCAACCUCAGCCGCAGGUACACCCGCCUCCUCCUGGUGAAGGAGCACUCAACUCCCAUGUGGGCCCAACAGAAGCUUUUGGACACAGGCUGGGGACAGGCAAGAGCCGUGGGGCACCAGGCCAGCCUCAUCCAGAUGGAGACCCUCUUUGAGCCGGACGAGGAGCGCCCCGAGCCCCCGCGCACUGUGGUCCUGCAGGGAGCGGCCGGGAUGGGCAAGUCCAUGCUGGCCCACAAGGUGAUGCUCGACUGGGCCGACGGGAAGCUCUUCCAAGGCAGGUUUGAUUAUCUCUUCUACAUCAACUGCAGGGAGAUGAACCAGAGCACCUCGGAGCAGAGCGCCCAGGACCUCAUCUCCAGCUGCUGGCCGGAGCCCAGCGUGCCCCUCCAGGAGCUUGUCCGAGUCCCCGAGCGCCUCCUGUUCAUCAUCGAUGGCUUCGACGAGCUAAAACCCUCUUUCCACCACCCUCAGGGCCCCUGGUGCCUCUGCUGGGAGGAGAAACGGCCCACGGAGCUUCUCCUCGGCAGCCUGCUUGGGAAGAAGCUGCUGCCUGAGCUGUCCAUGAUCAUCACCACCAGGCCCACGGCUCUGGACAAGCUCCAGCGCUUGCUGGAGCAUCCCAGGCACGUGGAGAUCCUGGGCUUCUCGGAGGCCGAGAGGCGGCAGUACUGCUACAAGUAUUUCCACAAUGCGGAGCAGGCCGCUCAAGUCUUCAGCUUCAUGAGGGACAACGAGCCCCUGUUCACUCUGUGCUUUGUCCCCAUGGUGUGCUGGGUCGUGUGCACCUGCCUCAAGCAGCAGCUGGAGGACGGGGGGCUCCUACGACAGACGUCCAGGACCACCACGGCCGUGUACCUGCUCUACCUCCUGAGUCUGAUGCAGCCCAAGCCGGGGAGCCCCACCCUGCACCCCCCGGCCAACCAGAGGGCGCUGUGCUCUCUGGCGGCGGACGGCGUGUGGAAUCAGAAGAUCCUCUUUGAGGAGCAGGACCUCCGGAAGCAUGGCCUCGAUGGGGCAGAUGUCUCCUCCUUCCUCAACAUGAACAUCUUCCAGAAGGACAUCAACUGUGAAAAGUUCUACAGCUUCAUCCACCUCAGCUUCCAGGAAUUCUUUGCCGCCAUGUACUACAUCCUGGGCGCCGGGGAGACCGGGUCCAGCCCAGAGCAGAGCGUGACGAGGCUGUUGGCGGAGUACGGGUUUUCGGGAAGGAGCUUCUUGGGGCUCACCGUGCGCUUCCUGUUUGGCCUCCUGAACGAGGAGACAAGGAGCUACCUGGAGAAGAGUCUCUGCUGGGAGGUCUCGCCUCACGUCAAGCUGGAGCUGCUGGCCUGGAUCCAAAGCAAAGCUCGGAGCGAGGGCUCCACCCUCCAGCAGGGCUCCCUGGAGCUCUUCAGCUGCCUGUACGAGAUCCAGGAGGAGGAGUUUAUCCAACAAGCCCUGAGCCACUUUCGAGUGCUUGUCGUCGGCAACAUCACCACCAAGAUGGAGCACGUGAUUGCCUCCCUGUGCGUGAAAAACUGCAGGAACGCCCUGACCGUGCGCCUGCACGGGGCUGCCUACAGCCCGGAAGAGCACGAUGGCGGGAAAUGGACUUCCGGGCCCCAGGCGCUACCCGCACCGUCACCCGAGACGAACCUGUUGCCAGAUGCCUACAGCAAGCAGCUCGCUGCAGCUCUGAGCACGAAUCCACAUCUGCGGGAGCUGCUCUUGGACCGCAACGCCCUGGGCAGCCGGGGCGUGAGGCUGCUCUGUGAAGGGCUCAGACACCCCAGCUGCAAACUUCAUAACCUGAGGCUCAAGAGAUGCUGUGUGGCUCCCUCUGCCUGCCGGGACCUCGCGGCCGCCCUGAUGGCCAAUCAGAAUCUAAGAAGGAUGGACCUGAGCGGCAAUGGGCUCGGGCUGCUGGGUGUGAAGAUGCUGUGUCAGGGGCUCCGGCAUCCCAGAUGCAGGCUGCAGGCGAUUCAGUUGAGGAAGUGUGAGCUGGAGGCCGGAGCUUGCCAGGAGAUCGCCUCUGUGCUCAGCACCAAUCAGCAUCUAGUGGAGUUGGACCUGGCGGGGAAUUCGCUGGAGGAUUUGGGUCUGAGGCUGUUAUGCCAAGGCUUGAGGCAUCCAGUGUGUAGACUGCGGAUCCUGUGGUUGAAGAUUUGCGACCUUACUGCUGCUGCCUGUGAGGACCUUACGUCCAUCCUCAGUGUGAACUGCAGCCUGAGGGAGCUGGACCUAAGCCUGAAUGACCUGGGGGACCCCGGGGUGCUGCUGCUGUGUGAGGGCCUCAGGCAUCCCCAGUGUAGACUCCAGACCCUCCGGUUGGGCAUUUGCAGGCUGGGCUCGGCCGCCUGUGAGGGUCUGGGUGCUGUGCUCCAGGUCAACCCCCACCUACGGGAGCUGGAUCUGAGUUUCAAUGACCUGGGCGACAGGGGCAUGUGGCCGCUGUGCGAGGGGCUGGGACACCCCACCUGCAGACUCCAGAAACUGCUGGAUAGCUGUGGCCUCACAGCCAAAGCUUGUGAGCAUCUUGCUUCCGCCCUGGGCGUCAGCCAGACCCUGACGGAGCUUUAUCUGACCAACAACGCCCUGGGGGAUACAGGGGUCAGGCUGCUGUGCAAAGGGCUGAGUCAUCCUGGCUGCAAACUUCGAGUGCUCUGGUUAUUUGGGAUGGACCUGAACAAAAUGACGCACAGAAGGCUGGAUGUGCUUCGGGGAACAAGACCUCACCUGGACAUUGGCUGCUGAAUGGCUCUAGCUCUCCUCUUGAAGGCAGGGCAGAGGAAGAGCAUCCCAGGACCCCGCUGGUCAACGGUGAUGAGCAGGCUCUCCUGUGCACUCCCAUGCAGGAUGGAUCCUUUCUGCUUGGGGACUGGGUCAAGGCAUCGUGGAGCCUGGAGCUUUAGUUUGGGGGAUGCUACAGGGGGGUCAUGGCCAGGACCUGAGGAUUCUUGAGCAGGGGCUCUAAGCCGAGGGCAAUUUUUGCACCCCU